AUGGCUUCAACUUGGGUUCCCGGCGUUACGGGCGACAGUCCGUUCUCACUUGCCAACAUCCCGUUCGGCAUCAUCACGACGCAAUUUGACCCCGCGCCGCGAGCUGCAAUAGCCAUCGGCUCUUAUGCGCUCGACCUGAAGGCCCUAUCAGACUCCAAGGAUCUCACCAAGUUGGCCAGUAGCUUGAAAGGCCAUGAUUCUGUGUUUUCACAGCCGACGUUGAAUGCAUUCGCUGCUUUGGGCAGACCAGUGCAUCGGGAAGUGCGCAAGGUCAUCCAGGAGAUUUUGUCAGCGGAGACAUCCCACCCAGAUGUACUGAAGAACGACAAAGAAUUGCAGGAGAAGGCAUUGAUACCCCAGGGCAAGUUCAAGACGCACCUGCCAAUGAGUAUUGGGGAUUACACGGACUUCUAUGCUGGAUAUCAUCACGCAUACGCGGUGGGUGUUAUGUUCCGCGGCCCGGCAAAUGCGUUGCAGCCAAACUACACCCAUCUGCCAGUCGGCUACCACGGCCGUUCAUCAAGUAUCGUGGUUUCAGGGACGCCAAUCCGGCGACCGGUGGGCCAGAUUCUACUAGACUCCACGGCCGAGCCGAAACAGCCCUCCACGGCGCCGUCGCGCCGGUUGGACAUUGAACUUGAGUUGGGUUGCUUCAUCGCGAAGCCGAAUGAGCUUGGUACCUCCAUCAGCAUUGAAGAUGCUGAGGAACAUAUCUUUGGAUACGUAAUGCUGAACGACUGGAGUGCCCGUGACAUCCAGACAUGGGAGUAUGUACCCCUCGGCCCAUUCAACGGCAAGAACUUUGCCUCGACCAUCAGUCCCUGGGUCGUUCUUGCGGAUGCAUUGGAGCCGUUCCGGACGAAGGGCAUUGAGAACAAGACGCCAUUGCAGGACUACCUGAAGGAAAGCAAGGCCGACACGGCUUUCGACAUUGAGCUAGAGAUUGACCUGACCACAUCGGAGGGAGAUACAACUACCAUUUCCACGACUAGCUCAAAGAACUUGAUGUGGUCAUUCCCGCAGAUGAUCGCGCAUCAUUCACUCGGUGGCUGUCCGAUGAGAACGGGUGACCUACUGGGCUCCGGUACCAUCAGCGGGACAGGCGCCCGCGAGAGGGGCAGUCUGUUGGAGAUGAGCGAGGGCGGGAAGAAGGAUAUCAUGUUGCAUGGCAUGGACGUCCGGCGGUUCUUGAAAGAUGGUGAUACGGUCGGUAUCAGGGGUGUCUGCGGCAAACCUGGUGAGAGGGUUGGCUUUGGUGAUUGUGUUGGUCGCAUUUACAGCGCGGUUCAGAACUAG